AGAGAGAGAGAGAGAGAGAGAGAGAGAGAGAGAGAGAGAGAGAGAGAGAGAGAGAGAGAGAGAGAGAGAGAGAGGUGCAGCAUGAGUUUUAGAGCGAGAAUUAACUGUUUAUCGGGCGUCCAGACGAGAUCGGAACUGGGGGAUCACUACAACAAUGGCUGGUACAACAAUUUGUUCAGGAGUCGGUGUCAGCAGAGCAUUCCCCAUGGACCGUUGGCAACGACUGUAAUCGACAAUGAGCUCUCAAUCCGCAGUCCAGAUUCAGGCAGGCCGCUCUCCGACAUCCGCAAUCAAGAUUGCAGAAGCGGCUCUUUCCUGGAUUCCAACGACGGGUCAGUGAUGGAUCCUCAACGAGGCGGCGCCGCCAAGGCCGACAACAACCGCAGUUACUCUACGCCGUUGACGGACGCCGUUAGCGGCACCGUUAUCGAUCCGACUGACGGAAGGAAGUGCUCAAUGGAAGAAGAAGCUAAUCUGGUCAUAGGAAUCGAUCUUGGCACCUCCUGCAGCUGCGUUGCCGUUUUUCGGGGCAUGGACAAGGUGGAGAUCGUCCCUAAUGAGCGCGGCUCGAGGGUUACGCCCUCCUACGUGGCUUUCACACAGCAGGGCGACUGUCUUGUCGGCAAGGCGGCGAAGAACCAUGCUAUGGGGUGUCCUCUGCAGUGCAUAUAUGAGGUGAAGCGGUUAAUGGGGCGAAGUGCUCCUCGGGGUUCUGGAGGGUCCACAGCGGGAAAGAUCCUUCAGGCCGGAAGAGAUUUCUGCCAUGUUUUGACGAAGCUGAAAAAGAUGGCAGAGGAUUUCACUAAUUGCCCGUCCAUCACGGACUGCGUGAUCACGGUCCCGGCCUACUUCAACAACAGUCAGCGGAAGGCGACCUUCGAUGCUGCGGCUAUGGCGGGACUGAACGUGCUGAGGCUGAUGAGCGAGCCGACGGCGGCGGCGCUGGCGUACGGCCAUCAGCGGUUGAUGGGCAGGCAUCACGUGGGGAAGAAGAUCUUGGUCUUCGAUCUGGGAGGCGGCACGUUCGACGUCUCCGUCAUCACCGUCAACGCCUCCACGUGGAGCGACGAGAGCAGCUUUGUGGUCAACGCCGUGGCGGGAGAUUCGCAUCUUGGCGGGGCGGACAUCGACAACCGCCUCCUGCGACACGUGGCCGAUUGCCUCAAGUCUCAAAAUGGCGGGAACGACAUCACGCUGGCCAAUCCGAGGGUUCUCAUCAAGCUGAAGCAAGCCGUCGUGGCGGCCAAACACAGUCUCUCCGGACAGAACGAGACCACCAUCUACGUGGGCUGCGGUGAGAGCGAGCUCAGCUUGACGCUGAGCCGCGCCGACUUCGAGACGCUCAACAAGGCGCUGUUCGACAGGUGCAUCCCGAUCGUCGAGCAAGCGCUUCGCAGCGCGGGCUUCACCAAGACCGAGAUCGCCGACGUGAUCCUCGUCGGAGGUUCCACCCGGAGCCCGAUGGUCCGAGAGAUGCUGACGUCAUUCUUCGGCAAACCGCCCAUGGCGACGGUGCAUCCCGACGAGGCGGUCGCGCUCGGCGCGGCAGUCCAGGCAGGCUUGCUGGCCAGGAGCCGCCGGUGUGCAUCUCCCCCAUCGCCGCGCUCGAGAAUAGUCGUCUGCGACGUAACGCCGCUGAGUAUCGGCGUAGAGAGCAGGCUAGGCGUCAUGCACGUGUUGAUCCCGCGGAACACUCCGAUUCCCGUGCGGAAGACUGUCCCCUGCGCGCUACACGAUAAGCAGGAGGCUAUGGCUUUCCGCUUGUACGAGGGCGAGAGGGCCAUGGCCCGCCAUAACCGAUUUCUUGGGAACUUCGCGCUCGAGGGCUUCAGUCCUGCAGGAGCCACCAUGUCCGCCGCGAGAGUGAUGGUGACCGUCGACGCUGACGGGACUCUACACGCGACAGCCGAGGCGAUGGCCAACAACACAGAGAUUGGGAGAAGGGAGGGGGUUGUGGUCGAGACACUGCGCGCCAAGAUGGACCCAUCAACCUCUGUUGCCGCAGCCAUGGCCGCCGUCGGUAAGUCCUCGUCGUCGUCGUCGUCGUCGKCGGAGGAGGAGGAGGAGGAUUCAGACUGCUGCCGCCAUGCCCAGCAGGAGGCAGAGGAAGAGGACGCCAGGAUCUGGGCGGCAGAGAAGUCGUAUAAAACUCUGCGCGAUCUCGUUCUUCGCUUGCUUAAGUUAAGGAUCAACGAUUGCACUAAGGAGCUCAUAGACCGCUUAUUCGAGGUGCGCACGUGGCUGAUGCCGCAGACGGAGCUCGCUCCCAAGCACGAGUACGAUGACGCCAUCGAGCGGUUAACAAGUCUGGGGCCACAGGGGUCGGUUCUACCAUUGCGCCUUUCGACUGAGGGAACGGAAUACUGUUCAGAAUGGUGGUACACUGACAGCGAGGAUGAAUCUGACCUUGAUGAAGUGUAGAUUCGGUCGACAAAGUGUAGGAUUAGAAUUGUGUUGUUUUUGGGCCUCGCUCCACUAAUCAAUACCCAAGGCGUAU